AAAAUGAGGCGAGCAGCUGUGUACAGCACGGAGCGAGCCGGCUCUUUCCGUCAAAACCCCGCUUCGUUUCCGUCAAGUCGAACCCUCACAGGUUAAAAUAAGACGCGAAAGCAAAUUCUUGAAAUGUCUUCGCUUACUGCCAAAUGCUUGAGUUGCCUUGGCCGGCCGCCGCAGGGAAGUGUCGUCUUACAUAGUGACGUUAUCCAAGGCCGGUAAGUACCCGGGCUGUAGGAAUGAAACAUGGCGGACGCUGACGGCCGUGCGUGCGCCCCAGGGGAGCGAUGCGAAGAUAAAAUGGCUCGGAGGGCGAGGAUAAGGGCACGGCGGGCGAGAGAGAUGGAAGUAGCGGCGCGGAAUGAAGCUCAGUACACCGAGACGACCGUCACUGUAACCACGGCGUCUCUGUACAAGCAGGAGGCGCGGGUAUGUGGAGCCACCGCUGCCGAGACGAACUUAGGAACGCCCGAGAACUUUAAGCAACCAGAAGGAGCGAGCGCAGCUCCGAAAGAACGGGAACAGCAGCCGCAGAAGACGUCCAGAUCGAAGGAGAAGAAAGGCGGCAGGCGGCUAGUAAGCAGACAUAUACGGGAGAAAAGACGGAGCACCGGCAUAGUCAACCUGCAGAUGGUCCUUGCAGACGACAUGGACGACGAUCAUGACCAGAACUCCAAAUCACAAGAAGCAGUGACGACAUCUGCGACACACCAGAACGACCGGAAGUACUAGUGAGUCGCCACAUCCGGGUCAGACGCGCGUGGUCCUAUGGGAGAUUCCUGGUGGCACAUGCCCUCCUGUUUUUUUAUACCACAAAUGUACCAAACCAGUGUAGUUGUCGGACGCUUGGCGAUAAAAAACGUUAUUCUACCAGCAAUCUAGCUUUAACGUUUUUUUUUAUUACAGGACUAUUAGUUUGAUGAUUAAGGGAAGCUUUAGAUCAAAGGGAAACAAAGAUACAUAUAGUAUGUAGGUACCAUUUUCAUACUUGGUAAACUGCUGUAAGGGUUAUAUAUAAUCUUAUAUCACCGAUGAGCUUCGUAAAUUCAUAUCUGUUGAUUUUUCUCAGUAAAUUGGUCGACAACCGUUUUUGUGUGACGUCAUAGCUAUGAUAUGUCGUCACACACAGAGAGACGUACAAUAACUUUUGUAUCUGAAAUUGCUUUGUAACAUUUCCAAUAUCAAGUUGUUUUAUAUAGCCAUAUCUUUAAUGAGAAUUGGGUAAGAGGUAAGCUAGAACUGCUAAGGAUGGCUUCAGAUAGAGUACGAGCGCCUCCUGGCAAUAUGUUUGCUAACUGCAUCUGAAAGCUAGUGCUGUAAAAUGUUGUACAUGUGGAAUAAGUAUAGUUUGACCAGCGCAGAGAACUUCAGCAAUGAUUAUGAUUACUAGUUGUUGCUUUCUUUGAUGUUAAUUACUAAUUAAGUUUCCAAAUGAUUGUAUAUUAAAGAACUAGAAUGUAAGAUAAUUAUCAAUAACGAUAGUGGUAAUAGGAUUCACUUAUAAAUUUGCAAAUCUUAAUGAUAUAUUUCAUUUUGCUUCCGCCUAAGAUAAAAUUAGAUAAUGUCGGAUACACGAUUCAUUUUUGUUGCAGUAGAGAAAAGCAUAGAAAACAUAUCCUGAGUUUUAUGGCAUUGCUUUUCAUUUUAUUUAUAUCUGAACAAGAUUUAGGGCAUUAUAUUUGUCAAUAUGGCAUAUAUAAAUAAAAGCAAACUUGCCAAAGCAUUCACUAAUUUUACAUCAUUAUUAGGCCUAUAGGUUAGUGCUAUUUGCUACAUGUAUACAGUGCUACAUAAUAGUCUUAACAGAAAUGUUCGAACAUGUCUGGAGCAAAGUAGUGUCAUACAUUGUAUCCUUAACGAUUAACGUUAGUUCACCUUUAUCCGUAGGGUAACCUUUAUCCGUUCUUUUGAAGAACAACGUAUUUAGCAAGUCGACAGAUGAUGGUUUCAAACUGCAAUAUUUUGAAAAUAGUACAAUUUGAAACUACCGUCCAUCGACUUGAUAUCCCUGGUUACCCUGUUUAGCAACACAACGGAUAUAGGUUACCCCGCGGACAAAGGUGAACUAACAUUACACUUCCAACACAAUCUGCUUUGUACAUGAAGAAACAGUACAAUAUAUGUAUAUUGAAGAA